ACGGGCGGCACUGCCAGUGAUCCAGACUGGGCCGUCUGACCAUGAAGAGGCUGCUCCUGGUGGUCUCUGUGCUGUUCCUGCUUCUACCUGGGCAGCAGGUCACAGCAAGCCCCACGAGGGACAAAGGGGCUUCUGAACAUGGGGCCGAGGUGGAAACUUUGACCGGGGCCGCUUCUCCAGGGCCUUCCCUGCUUCGUCGGGUGGCCCGGAUGACCCCGUUCUGGAGGUCGCUGGGCUACAAGCCUUUCCAUGCCCAUUGCUUACGGGACCUGGAGUGUAUCAGCAAAUACUGCAGGAAUGGCUUCUGCUCAAGACCCCAUUUGGAAUCCUGAAGCUGUGGAAGCUGAGACUACUUAAGCACCGGAAGCCACCUGAGCCAUCCCCUUCAACCUUGCCCCCCCCCCCUUCAUUUGUGUGGUCUGAGCGUCUUCUCCCUGCUUUGCUUCAAUGUGUGAGAUAUAUGCUUUUCCUAAGAUUUUGGAACAGAGUUGCAAUCACGCCCAUUCCCUUUGCCCCCUUGCCCCCCAGUCUGAUCCCUGCCCCUGGAAAAAGCCCCCAGUCCCUAUUUGGAGAGGCCCAAUGGCAAAAAUGCCUUUCUGUGUAGGGCUUUGUCCUGAAGUAGACAAAUUCCAGCCAAUGAGGUACGAAGCCAUAACUAGGCUGUGGUAUCCAGGCCCUUGUCCUAGAGUGCUGAGAUUGAGAGAGUGAUGGCUGCCUUUGCUCUCCUUUGAUAGUGUAGAAACAACUGAACUUAACAUCUGAUUAAUAAGAAUAAUUAGUGAAAAAUCCGAAGCUACCAGUUGACGUAGGGCCUCCCCUCAAGGCUAUGCCUUGAGCUAUGCCCAAGGUGAUUGCUCCCCCUGGCCCCAACUGCCCCCAUCGUGAUCUCCUCAGAAGCAGCUGCAGGGAAUCCCAAGGCCUCAGUACAUGAUGAGUCUUUGUCUCUCCAUUUGGGGUAGCGCCUCCCCCCACCGGGGGCUUUGUGCCUCAGCAGAUCUCCCUCCCACAAAUGAAUUUGUCACAAAAGCUUGAUUUGAGGUAUUUGUCCAGGUUGCUUGUUUUGGGCACCAAAAGAGCCCUAUUAGGGAGGAGCCCAGGGCUCUGGGGGGGAGGGGAUUUACUGCUGCCUCUAGAGACCCCAAGAUAAUUCAUAUGGGAGAGGGUAGGGGAACCCUGGUAUGUGCCUACUGCAUCAAUGAGGGAGGAGGAAGGGAUUUGGGGAGAGAGUCACCCGUAAAUUGUCCCCUGCUGCCAAGGCAAAGCCCAGCCCUACUUCCAUCACCCUGCUACCCAAGCUGUUCUCUGCCCAUCUCCAAUGGUCCUGAAUGUGCAUUGUAAAAGGUAGUUUCUUUUAUGGGAGGGGAAGGUAGGUGAUUUUCCCAGACUGCAUUGCUUUAGGGAUUUCUUCAAGGGAUACUCUGAAGGAGACAUCUCUUCAUAUUCUGUUUUCCUGACCCAAGAGAAAGAUUCAACGUGUGCUUAUGAGCCUGUGAGUGGUUUAGAUCACAUGUGGGCAAAGAUGCACCAGCUCUGUUCCUUCCUGGCCCAAAUUGUGUGAAUGAGCUAGCUCUUAGAGAUCUAUGACCUUUGCUGUGACCUUGUCCUUCUCUGUGAUGUGCUCAGGUGGGAGGAUGCCGAAUAAAGUCUGCCAUGAACUUUA